AUGGGAUGUUUACUGAUGUUUGAAGCAGAGAAUGAUAAUUGUGAUUUAGAUAUCGAUCCCCAUGUGGACGACCUCAGACCUAAUUUCGCCGGGUUGAAUCGAUUUGUUGAGGCGUUGAUCACAUCUCUCCUGUCUGAAGCUAACGGUAUUGAUGAAAAAGAUGGAAUAUCUGACAAGAUUGACUUGAAGAGUGUAUUUGGAGAACAUCCAUUCAAAAAGCCAAGAUUCAGAUCUACUACAUGUAGCUCAGAAUCAUCUGUUGAUCUGAAUAUUGCUGAUGCGACUUCGGCUAAGCCUUUUGCAUAUUACGACACAAAUCACGAGUCCUCUCUCGUUGACAUUAUACAUAACGAUGGAUACCGUUUGGUUUCACCCAUCGGCGACGGAGCCCUCGAAAGCGAUUGGAGUGUUUCCAAAAUUGCUGAUAUCUACUAUAAUGAAAACGAGGCGGAAUUCUGUGACGCUUCUGUAUGGUAUCGCUUCGCGCUAAGUAUAAACAAUACCUCUCAAAGCUCACUCUAUGUCGCGCAGGUUUUGGAUACUCAGUGUGGCUGUGAAUUUCACAAUAUUAUCGGAAAAGAGGAUAUUGAUGGCGAGGUGCAUUACCUGGUGGAUUGGACCCCAACUUUGAUACGAGAUAUUGUAUUAAAAAAGGCACAAGCCCAGCCACUUAUUGAUCGAUUCGAAACUCGACACCAGUUACCAUCUGCGACUCGUUGCAGUCUAAAUGCGAAUCAAACCACAGAUGCAAAGCCUUUACAACAGGUUGUGAUCAAAUCGAACAUGCAAGUUGGUACUGGAAAACCGCGUGUUGGUCCUCGAAAAUCCCCAUACAGCUCUGACAUUUCACCCAAUGACCCAAGGGCCUCCAGAAGAGAUACAGCAGAGAAAAUGCUUAGAAGGUCUACAAAUCCUAUUAGGACUCCGAAAGUGGUUGAUAACAGAAAGCUUAAAAUAGUGAAAGGUGGACCGGAAACCUGCAAGAAACUCCCAACAGCUAUGAGCUCUCGUGGAAGGGUCUUAAGGCCUAGAAAGAUAUUUGAUUCAGGUGUCAAUAGUGUCUAG